AUGGCAGUCACCCUAGGUAAAGUGGUGGCCUCGGUCGCCGUCUUUGCAUAUGGCAUCUUCACUGUGCUGCUCUAUGCGGUCAUGGCCAUGAAAAAGGGUAUCUGGUUCAGAAAGAGAACAGAGAAGGAAUCUCUCGAGCUUCAGAUCGCGCGUGACCGCAUGUGGAACCCGACCAAGGAGUACUCUGGUCUUUCCCACCACUUCGCCACUCUUACCAGCGGGCUCAAAAUUCAUUUUAUGAGCAAUGCAGCUCCGGGCUCACCAGCGGCAUUGAACCCGGAGAAGCCGUUGGUUAUUCUCAUUCACGGCUGGCCCGACAGUUGGGCCAUCUGGCGAUACAUUGCCGGCUCGUCUAGUCUACAAGAGUCGGCAAAUCUCGUCGCUAUUGACCUACCUGGAUUCGGAGGCUCGGGGCGACUGGAGAAAUACUCCGCGACGAAUGUGCUUGAGGCAUUGACAGAGCUGAUUCUUACACUUCGAACUAAAUAUGGCGUGGAUGAUGACUCCGAGUCGAGCAAGAAGCGAACUAUCGUCGUUGCCCAUGACUGGGGCUGUGUCCUAUCGAUGCGACUGGCAGCUGAAGCUCCGGCGCUCGCUGACCGGUGGAUUUUGAGCAACGCCCCCUUGGUCAAGCUAGUCGAAUCUAACAUCGGCCGACUGUUAACCUCGGCGAAGAAGAUGUUCAGCACCGCACUCAACUCUCCUCUGUCCUCUCGCACGCCCGUGCUGCAGGCAUUCCGCACUCUUGGCCCUGUCAUCCGCCAGGCUGGCCUGUCCGCCAUUCACCACCGUUCUUACGGAAGCCAUAAGCCCACCUACUCGGAUAAGGCCGACGCCAUGUCCAACACGAUGGGCCCCUCGCUCGCGGAGUCGAAGCUACAAAAUGAAAAUGGCGAUAGCUACCCCGAGGGAAUUGAUUAUAGCCGUGAAUUUUCCAAAAUCUUCGACAUGGCCUCUUACUACCGCCAAGGCGCCGCGUCUGCGCGUUGGAACAAGUCCCUGGAGACGAUCACCGGACUGCACGGUAUCGCAGGCGACGAGGAGCUCCGCCGGACCAGCAGUGGAACGGGUGUUUUCGACGAAGGUGUUCCGGGAGUUCUCAAGGCCCCCUCGACUAUCAUUUGGGGCCAGAAGGAUAUUGCGCUGGACCCGCAUAUCUGCCUGGAUGGCAUGGGGGACUACCUCGUGAAGGAUAGCCAGGUGGUGAUGCUGCCACGGUCGGGCCAUUGGACUCCGAUCGAAGUGGAGAGUCGUGCAGCUCUCGAGGCGGCGAUCCAGUGGGCAAUUGGGGGUGAAAAGGGGGAUGUUGAGGCUGCGGUGCAGGCUUCGUACCCGGAUGCCACGAUCACCGUGCGUCGCUGA